AUGGAGGCUAUAGAAAAAAAAAUUCUUAAAAGAAAUCCAAGCGAUUUAGAAAAAGAAAUUGCUCAGUGUUUGAUUGACAUUGAAUUGUCCAGUUCUUCUGAUAUAAAAAGCGAUGCUAAAGAGAUAAGAUUAUUAUCAUGUGAUUUAAUAGAAGUUGAUAAACUAAAAAAAAAAACAAUAUUAAUAUAUAUUCCUUACAAAAUAUAUGUUACAUAUGUAAGAAAAAUACAAAGAAAAUUAAUUAAUGAAUUAGAAAAAAAAACCAAAAAAUAUGUAGUAUUAGUUGCUAAAAGAACCAUAUUAAAAGCAAAACAAAAAACAAAAGCUUUUAAAAUUAUACCAAGAUCAAGAACGUUAACUAGUGUUUAUGAUUCAGUUUUAGAAGAUAUUGUAUCACCAAGUGAAAUAAUUGGAAAGAGGAUAAGUAUGAGAUCUGAUGGAAAAAGAAUAUUCAAAAUAAUGUUGGAUCCCAAAGAAAGGCAAAGAGAUAACAUAGAAGAAAAACUUAUUAGUUUUGCAGCUGUAUAUAAAAAAAUCACAAGAAGAGAAGCUAUAUUUUCUUUACCACCAUCUAAUGAGAAAUAA